GAAGCUUCCGACGUGAACCAACUUCCUUUUUCUUGAAACUGGACCAUGCAAUCCAUGGGACUUCCUCUGUAUAUCGCCGUGCUCUCGACUCUCUAUUCGCUCCGUCUGCCUCCGUAUUGCUUGAUUGGUCUGGAUCUGUAGCCUCUUCAUUACUGGCGACCGACGUCACCAAUACGGUAUACUGUUGAUUGUGUACUCUUAUUUUCCUGGGUACCUCGUUCAGGCCGGCGCAAGCCCCUCUGGCAGCAGCCAUCAUCUGAAAUCAUAUUUUCUGCUCGAAACGACAGACUCGUGGCUGGAGGACAAGCCCACCGUAUCACAGAAAUGCCGAACAACUCCAUUGUGUCACCGUUUCGGAUCUCGAACAAGGAUUCGGAGAAGCUGAAUCGCAACGAUGCUUUCAAAGCGGUCAGGGACCACCUGAGACGCCAAGAGAUGGGAAUGGAUGCUCCUAGCUUCUGUUCAUUGCACCGUCGCUCUUGUUCCAACCGGGACCAGGAGGAGUUUCGUCUCCAUCGGGAUAUCAUCCACACCAUUCUCCUCCCCUUGUUCCUCCUCCACCAUCAGGCCUCCCGAAUUGCGACCAGCGCCUUACCCGGGAUCAAAUCGACGGACUGCGAACGUGCUUUUCGGGGAGAAGCACGCAGCGCCUACGCCUGGCUACAAUGCAUCCUCAGGGAGGAGCACGACUGGUACCAGACAGAGCGCUGCCCAGCGUGCAUCGUUUUACACGUCCUUAACUCUGAGCCGACCAUCCGAUUUGUUGCCGUGGCGUGCCUGUUGUCGGACAACCUACAAGGAUUAAGCCCGAUCGACGCGCAAAAGCGACUUCCCAGCUUCGAUUUCUUUUUCGAUGCGUUGGAAGGGGCAGUCCGAGAGGACCCUUUCUGGGGCAGUGACUUUUGGCCGGAUAUUGAGCACCGCGCGCGUACGUUGACGGAUGGUGUCAAGCAGCUGGUGGUGCAGUGUCUGGUACUCCGAGCCGCUGUGGAGCGCCAGAGCCUGCAGUCUCAAUCGCUGUACAACCCCGCUACUUAUGUUCGGUGCGACUUAACGCAGCAGCAAACGGGCCACACUGUUGCCAUGAGGUCGUCAAAUUUCGCCCGCAAGCACUCUCAAAAGACGGUCGAGGAGCACAAGUGUCUUGCUGCUAAGGUGUCUGCCAACAGGUGUCUGCAGACUCACUACAGUGACGCAACUCAGGCACUGCACCCUCGCAGCCACGCCGCAUCCCGGAGAAGAACUGUCACCUCCUGAGCAUGUGUAGGGUUACGUCUCUUUUGGACGUUCACUACAAUUACUCGCCCCAGAUCUACCGAUCUACCGGAUCUACCCUAGCGGCCAGACUCAGACGACCAAACGGUCGCCCCAGUUGGCCUCGCUCUUCCAAGCUGCCGAGGCGAACAAGCUGGAAGAUGCUGACGCGGGCCUGCCACAGACAGCCCGGCCUGGACCUUAUAUGCAGCAAGAUGGAGCUUGGCUCUGACGUAAGGUCAUCGGUGUAUGUAGCCACACGCUUGGCAUUACGGAACGCCGAGUCGAUUAGGCUGCAACAUCCACAGGGCUAGAGCACGGAUUACUGUCAAGUCAUGGCUUGGCAUAGAAAUCCGUUCUGAA